GUGGAAGUUGUCAAAGCAGAGAGAGAGAAUAUUUUGUGAUUUUGUCGGCUCUACUUUUCCGUGUGAUUUACAUUGAAAAAAGUAGAAUGCGACUAGAUAUUGAGUUAAUUGUAAUCUUGAGUCUUAUUUCCAUCGUAUCCGGUACAUUGUCACCGUCGAAAGGACAAAAAGGGAGUAAAAACGCCGAAUUGAAAGUCCGCAAGGGGCCCAUUGAUACAACAAGGGAGCACCUGAUACGCGAAGAGCCGAGUGCGAAGGAGAUUUUAGUUGAAAAUGGAGCUUACUACAGGAAUACAUCCUUGAGGAAUUUCAAAGGAACCGUUUUAGGAUAUGUAACACCGUGGAAUAAUUAUGGAUAUGAUAUUGCAAAAACAUUCAGCCCAAAAUUCGAUGUAGUAGCACCGAUAUGGCUACAGAUUCUGCGAAAAGGUGAUAAGCAAUAUGAAUUGGCGGGAAUGCACGAUGUUGAUGAGCAAUGGAUGAAAGAUGUGAAAAGGAAUAGCGGCUUUAAGACUAAAAUUACACCACGAGUCCUAUUUGACAAAUUCAAAGAUGAAGACUUUUCGAAACUUCUUUCCUACCCCGAAGAACGUAAGAUAGUUUCACGAAUUAUUCUCAAUGCCUGCGAUACGUACCGCUUUGAUGGCAUUGUCCUGGAAGUUUGGGCUACAUUAGCUCUCCGGAUGGAUGAUCCAUUUUUAUACGAUCUCGUCAUUGAUAUUUCCAAGCCGUUGCUGGAGCAGAAGAAGCUCGUUUACAUGGCGAUCCCACCACGAAGGGAUCAUUUGUAUGAUUUAUUCACACAAGAGAAUUUUGACUAUCUCUUUGACUACGUUAGUGGGUACUGUGUAAUGGCGUACGACUACUCAAAUGCCCAGAGGCCCGGACCAAAUGCCCCUAUCAAGUGGGUACGUGAUACAGUUGAGUUCUUCUGUCCAUCCACAAGUCCAAAUUACCGGGAGAAGAGGAAAAAGAUUCUCCUUGGUCUCAAUAUGUAUGGAAAUGACUUUACACCCGAGGGUGGUGGUCCAAUUGUGGGGCAUGAGUACUUGAGACUUCUGAAGUAUGUCAAGGGGAGGCUGCAGCACGAUGAGAAGGAUGCUGAAAAUUUCUUUGAAGUCAAAACCCCAACUGGUCGUCAUAUUGUCUUCUACCCAACGCUCUAUUCGAUCAAGAAACGCAUUGAAUUAGCCCAAGAACUAGGCACGGGGCUCUCGCUGUGGGAACUUGGUCAAGGACUUGAUUAUUUCUACGAUUUACUAUAAAAAGGCACAAAAAAGGUGAAAAACUUAAUUUUACAAUAAAGUAUUUCAAGUGAAUGUCGCAACUGGUUCUAAGUGAUUUUUGUAAGUGUUCAGCUGAACUGAAUUAAAAUGUCUUUUUUUCUAAAAAGUA